CGGGGAAGAGAAGACGAAGAGAAAUGGCUCCGAAGAAGAAACUUCAGAAGAAGAAACAAAGCAACAACGAAGUUACUUCUUCUUCAAUACCUAAUUCAGGCCACAAGAAACCAUCUAAAUCCCCAAAGCUUCUAAUUUCGCCGGAAAACGAAGACCGUUUGCGACGGCUCUUGCUCAACUUUCGCCGGACUCCUUCUCCGGUCACGGCGUCUCUCUCUGUGACUCAGAAGAGAAAGAAACUUAAUAGUCUCUACGAGAAUCUCUCUUGCGAAGGGUUUUUAGAUGAUCAGAUUGAACUCGCUCUCUCCUCUCUUAGGGAUGGAGCAACGCUUGAGACUUCACUAGAUUGGCUCUGCUUGAACUUGCCGAGUCACGAAUUGCCAGUGAACUAUUCUAACAGAGCUUCUCGCGUUCCCACCACAGGACGUUCUGUGGCGGUGAUAUCGAAAUCAAGGAAAGAUUUGAAUGUGUCUGCUGAAUCUGCUGAAUCAUCAGUCCAGGUUAAGGAAGAGACUGAAUCUGAAGUUUUAGUUAGAGUGAAGAGCAAGCGAGAUGAAGAAGAAGAUAGUCUUAGUUCUUGUCAAUCAUCUCAAGCUGAUUGGAUCCGUCAGUAUAUGAAAAGACUGGAAGAGGAAGAAUUGGAAUCUUCGGACGAUGAAGGAGAUAAGGUAUCUGGUCCAAGGCCUUUUGAAGUGAUUACCAAAGAUUAUUGUUUAGAAAGAUCUAAUGCUAUAAAAGCAAAGAGGAAGGGUGAUAAAAGUGGGCAGAGGCAAGCAGGCCUAGCCAUUUGCAAGCUCAAGCAAGAGAUGAAUGCUCUUGGGCCAUCAGAAGCAAUAUUGGAAUCUGAGUUUCAGCGUGAACGUCAAGAUUGUGAAGGCGCUAAAGAAAAAGAAGUUACUUUCCCCAUGCCUGGUGACGUUCAUGAGUCAGUAAAUGCUGAUGCUUUCUUUUUUCAGCUGUUUGAUGACUUGACCUUGGAUGCAAUUCCGGUUGGGAGCUGUAAAUCUGAGGAAACUCAACCUAAAGCUCUUUCCUUAAGUUCUUCGGGACAAGAAUCAGUUGUGUCUAAUGAUACUUUAGAUGACUUGGACCUUGGCGAUUUGUUCGUAGAAGAUGUUCCGCCUUAUGUACCUUCUCCCCAUGAACUCCUGGAAUUACAGAAGAAGGAAAUUAUGAGAGAACUAUGCAAUGAGAAAAAUCUUACUAAACUAAAGGGUAUCUGGAAGAAGGGUGAAGCGCAAAAGAUCCCGAAGGCAUUACUUCAUCAGCUGUGUCAAAGGUCAGGGUGGGUAGCACCAAAGUUCAAUAAAGUAACUGGGGAAGGAAGCAACUUCUCAUAUACCAUAAGUGUUAUGCGUAAAUCCAGUGGAUUUGGUAAAAGCAGACAAGCCGGGGGUCUGGUAACUAUUCAACUUCCUCAUCAAGUUGAGGAUUUUAAAUCCAUCCAGGAUGCACAAAACAGAGUUGCGGCAUUUGCUCUCCAUAAGCUAUUUUCUGAUUUGCCUGUUCACUUUGCAAUUACUGAACCUUAUGCCUCUCUAGUUUUGGUCUGGAAACAAGAAGAAUCGUUGGGAAUAGAAAGCAAAGAAGAAGAACGGAGAGCAAAAUUUGUUGACAGCUUGCUUGAGGCAGACAAUUUCAGCUUGACCACUUCUUCGCGUGGCAUACAAGAUGCACUUCCAAUGGUAGACUCCUGUGUCAAAGAGAAUGAUGACUUGGAUGUUGUCAAAUCUAACCAUAGAGCUAAAAGAAACUCUUCCGUGGAAGCUGAGUGUUCUUCUCUCAAACAAAAACAAGAAAACAAGAAGAAGGUGCAGAAGUACAAGGAUAUGUUGAAAACUAGAGCUGCUCUUCCUAUAUCAGAAGUGAAGAAUGAUAUACUGCAGAAUCUGAAAGAAAAAGAUGUCUUGGUGGUAUGCGGCGAAACAGGCUCUGGAAAGACUACACAGGUUCCUCAAUUCAUACUGGAUGAUAUGAUCGAUUCGGGGCAUGGUGGAUACUGUAAUAUUAUAUGCACACAACCUCGGGUGUUAGCUGCUAUCUCUGUUGCUCAAAGAGUUGCUGAAGAGCGCUGUGAACCUCCUCCAGGCUUCGAUGGCUCCGUGGUUGCUUAUCAAGUUCGUCAUCAAAAUGCAAGGAGUGACAAGACAAGGCUGCUGUUUUGUACUACCGGAAUUCUACUGAGAAAACUUGUGGGGGAUAAGACCUUGAAAGAUGUUACACAUAUUAUAGUCGAUGAAGUGCAUGAGCGGUCUCUUAUGGGUGAUUUUCUUCUCAUUAUUUUGAAGAGCCUGAUUGAGAAGCAAUCCUGGGAUAAUGCAUUACCUAAACUGAAAGUUAUCCUUAUGUCCGCUACUGUUGAUGCACAUCAGUUCUCAAGAUAUUUUGGUCAAUGUCCUAUAAUUACUGCUCAAGGACGAACUCACCCGGUUACUACUUACUUUCUGGAGGACAUUUAUGAAAGGACUAAGUACCUUCUGGCUUCAGAUUCACCUGCUGCUCUAAGUUCUGAUGCAUCCAUUUCAGACGAGGACAUUGACCAAUAUCUGCAGCUUGGUUCUGUAAACGUCCGUAGGGGGAAAAAGAAUCUUAUGUUGGCUGGCUGGGGAGACAGUUAUUUGGUUUCAGAGGACGGUCUUAACUCGUCUUACGAUUCUAGUAAUUACGAAUCUUACAGUGACCAUACACGAAAAAAUCUGAAAAGGUUAAAUGAGGAUAUUAUUGACUAUGAGCUUCUUGAAGAGUUGAUAUGCCACAUUGAUGACACUUGUGAGGAAGGAGCCAUUCUUGUGUUUUUGCCUGGAAUGUCAGAAAUCAACAUGCUACUCAAUAGGUUAGCUGCUUCCUAUCGUUUUCGUGGACCUUCGGGAGAUUGGCUUCUUCCUCUACAUUCUUCUAUUGCAUCUACAGAACAGAGAAAAGUGUUUCUGCGCCCCCCUAAAGGCAUAAGGAAGGUUAUCAUAGCUACAAAUAUUGCCGAGACCAGUAUAACAAUUGAUGAUGUGGUUUAUGUGAUUGACAGUGGAAAACACAAGGAAAAUCGCUAUAAUCCUCAGAAGAAAUUGUCAAGCAUGGUGGAAGAUUGGAUAUCGAAAGCAAAUGCAAGACAAAGAAUGGGAAGAGCUGGACGUGUCAAACCUGGACAUUGCUUUUCAUUGUACACACGUCAUAGGUUCGAGAAGCUCAUGCGUCCCUAUCAGGUUCCUGAGAUGCUGCGGGCUCUGGAACCUCCAAGUGAAAGUGCUAUAAACUCUGCAAUUUUAUUGUUGCAAAAGGUUGGUGCUCUUGAAGGGGACGAAGAGUUGACACCACUAGGACAUCAUUUAGCAAAACUUCCUGUUGAUUUGUUGAUUGGAAAGAUGCUGUUAUAUGGUGGCAUUUUUGGUUGCUUAUCACCUAUUCUCUCGAUUGCUGCUUUCUUGAGCUGCAAAUCGCCAUUCAUAUAUUCCAAAGAUGAGCAAAAUAUCGACCGGGUGAAACUUGCUCUUUUGUCUGAUAAGCUGGAGAGUUCAAGUAAUUUAAACAUCAAUGACAGACAAUCUGAUCACCUCCUUGUGGUGGUUGCAUAUGAGAAAUGGGUGAAGAUACUGCAUGAGCAAGGAUUUAAAGCUGCAGAGAGGUUCUGUGAAUCAAAGUUUUUGAACAGCUCAGUGAUGCGGACGAUAAGAGACAGGAGAGUAGAGUUUGGCUUUUUGCUUGCCGACAUCGGGCUCAUCAAUCUUCCUAAAGGCGAGGGGAGAAGGAAAGAGAAUCUUGAUGUUUGGUUUUCUGACAAAACUCAAUCUUUCAAUAUGUAUUCACAAGAACCUGAAGUUGUUAAGGCCAUAUUAUGCGCGGGACUAUGUCCUAAUAUUGCAGAGGGAUUAGUUAACCGUUUAACAAAGCCAGCAAAAGAAACAGAAUGUUAUGCAGUAUGGCAUGAUGGCAAAAGAGAAGUCCAUAUCGAUCGAACCUCUAUAAACAAAAACAGCAAAGCGUUUCAAUACCCUCUCAUUGUGUUCCUUGAAAAGAGUGGAUCAGUCACCAUUGAUGGGUGGUUAAAGCUAACAGCACCAGCUCAAACCGCGGUUUUGUUCAAAGAGCUACGACUAACCCUCCAUUCCAUUCUCAAAGAUCUUAUCCGAAAACCCGAGAAAUCAGGUAUUGUCCAUAACGAAGUCGUCAAAACUAUGGUCCAUCUUCUUAUAGAAGAAGGCAGACCGCAACACACAUGAACUUAAUAUUGUUCCACGAAAUGAAGAUCGAAUUGUGUG